CUCUCUCUCUCUCCCUCUCUCAAUAUAGCUAGCUAUACCUGUGUUUUUAGAGGUUUAAUUUUGUGGGUUUGAUUAGAUUUGUUCAGAAAUGGCGUCUAAGAGACUAAUUGUGAGCACGUUGCUUGUUAUUUUGAUGUUGGGAUUGGCUAGUAGCUCUCCUCAAGCUUACAAGUUCAUUGUGGGUGGCAAAGACGGUUGGGUUUUGAGCCCUUCCGAGAACUUCAAUCACUGGGCUGAAAGACAUAGGUUUCAGGUCAAUGAUACGCUUCUUUUCAAGUACAAAAAAGGAUCAGAUUCUGUGUUGGUGGUAACAAAAGAGGAUUAUUUCUCAUGCAACACAAAAACCCCAAAACAGUCCCUAACAGAUGGUGACUCAAUUUUCAAGUUUGAGGGGUCAGGUCCAUUUUUUUUCAUCAGUGGCAAUGCUGAAAAUUGCCAAAAAGGGCAGAAGCUGAUAGUGGUGGUUUUGGCCGUCAGAAGCAAAACCCAACAUAUGCCACCCUCUCAGGCCCCUCCUUCUCCAUCUUCAUCAGCUCCAUCUCCACUUGCGGCUGAUCCGCCUGCAGUCUCACCUUCUCCGCUGUCGGAUUUGGACACAAAUGCACCGGCACAGCCACCGCUACCGCGGGAGAAUUCAGCAGCUAGAGGAUCAGACGUUGGGUUAAUGGCUUUUAUUUGUACUGUUAUGAGUAUUGGUGCAAGUACUGCGGUUUUGGGUAACUUUGUGGUUUGAGAAAGACAAAAAAUUAAAUGAGAGAAGGGGUUUAAUAUUGUGUUUGUGGUGUUUGUUUAGAGACUUUUAAUUUUACUACAUUACUAUAUUUCUUUUGAAUUUUACCUUAUAAAAUUUCUAGCAUUAAUCUCACUUGUAUCUCUAAAUU